AGCCUGGCUGACGCCCCAUCCCGCCUGCAAGCCGGCCCUGGCGCAGGCGCGCGCGGCCUGCUGGCUGUGGAGGAGGAGCGCGUGCUGCGGCUGCGGCAGGAGCGGGAGAGCGAGGCGCAGCGCGAGCUGCAGGCCGCCCGCGCCGCAUACCAGGACGAGCUGCUGCGCGAGCGUGCCAGCGCGCCUGCCGACCAGCUGUGCGCCACGCCCUAUGGCGUGGACGUGGUUGGCAUCACCGAGUUCGUGGCGCUGACGGGGGCGCUGGUGGGAGGCAUCAGCGCGCGGCGGCGCAAGCAGGAGCUGGAGCGCCUGAACGAGCAGCUGCGCACCAUCAACACGCAGCUCAGGCAAGGCGACGGCCUGCCUGCGCUGCUGCAGCAGGCACGCGCCGGCACGCUGUACGCCCCGGGCCUCACUUACUUGCCCACCCCCGCCCAGCCCCUGCCUGACGCCGCCUUUGGCGGCAACGGCGCAGCAGCCGCGGCGGCGGCGAGCGCGGCGGCCGCCAAGCUGCCGGCGGCGCCGCCGGCGGAGCCCGCCGCCUCCGCCCCCUCGGCGGGCACCGGGCCCUCAGUCAGCCUGAUGAGCCAGGACGACGACGAGGUUGGCCCCGAGGCAGCGCACUGCACGCAGGCAAGCUCUCUGCGCGGGACGGCGCUCAAGGACGGCAAGCGGCUGCUCAAGGAUGGCAACGCGGGCGGGGCCAUGGUGCGGUUUGAGAAGGCGCUGAUGCUGGCCAAGUCCACUGGCGACAGGGUGAAGGAGCGGCGCGCCACUCGCGGCCUGGCGGCCUGCGCCCGCAUGCAGGGCCAGCUGCGGCAGGCUGUGAAGCACCUGGAGCGCGUGCUGGAGAUCUCGCGCGAGAUCCGCGACUUUGUGGGGGACGCAGACGCGUACGGCACCAUUGCGGACAUCUACACAGAUAUGGGCGACUUUGACCGGGCCGCCCACUACUACGACAAAUACGUG